CAAAAGUUGAGCAUGAAUUAUAUGCACAAAAAUUGAUUGCACAAAUAUCAGUAGAUUAUACGAAAAUGGGUUUCAUGGAAUGAAUACAUUCAUUAUUUUGUGGAUUGGAUAAAUUGUAGUCAUGAAUGGAAUUGUUACAAAUCCGGGAUUUUCUGGCGAGGAUGUGGAAUUAGGAUCCCAGAAGAAUCGACAUGACAGUGUGUUGGAUGAGCAUUUUGAGCCUGUGACCUUGACAUGGAGAAAUGUCAAUGUUUAUACGGUACCAAACAAAGGCGGAUGUUGCAACAGCGGACAAGAAAAAUCGCCCUGGAAACAAAUCUUGAAAGAUGUCUGUGGCAUGAUUAAACCUGGGAAGCUAAUGGCUGUUAUGGGAGCAAGCGGGGCAGGAAAAUCAACCAUGAUGAACGUUUUGACCAAUAGAAAUAGAGGUACGCUCAUUUCGGAGGGGGACAUACGUGUUAAUGGAAUGGCAGUGGACAAAACACAGAUAGCUAACAUAUCCGCUUACGUUCAACAAGACGAUCUAUUCAUAGGAACCCUGACGGUCCGCGAACAUCUAACGUUUAGGGCAUUGCUACGGAUGGACAAACGAAAGCACAGGACAGAGAGACUACAAAUUGUGGAAGACUUAAUGCAGGAGUUGGGCUUGACGAAAUGUGCCGAGACUAUUAUCGGACUUCCAGGGAGAACGAAAGGCAUUUCUGGAGGAGAAAUGAAGAGGCUGUCAUUUGCUUCAGAGCUGUUGACCAACCCACCACUAAUGUUUUGUGACGAAGCUACUUCCGGUCUAGACUCCUUCAUGGCAGGCAGUGUUAUUCAAGCGUUAAAGUCAAUGGUCAGAAAUGGCAGAACAAUCUUGUGUACGAUUCAUCAGCCAUCUUCAGAGGUUUUCGAAUUAUUUGAUGAGAUAUUUCUUUUAGCGGAAGGAAGAGUUGCAUUUACAGGGUCAAUUUCAGACGGACUUCAAUUUUUCAAAAACAACGGACAUUCCUGCCCUAUGAAUUACAACCCGGCCGAUCACUUUGUUCUUACGGUUGCCAUAGUACCAGGAAAGGAAACAGAGCGCAAAGAAAGAGUUAAGAAACUCUGUGACAAUUUUAAAGUAUCAGAAACAUACACUAGAAUGGCAGAAGGAAUCAGCGAACUUUCUGAUCAUCAGCACGUGUCAAAAGAAAUUGAAGACCAUUUGAAUGACUCUACAAGAUAUGAAGCACCAAUUGUUCAGCAAGUUAAGUCCUUGUUCUGGCGAAGCUGGGUGACGGCCAUUCGAGAUCCACUGAUCGUCCGGGUUAAAUUCAUCCAGACCAUAUUUUUUGCUGUGGUACUGGGAUUGGUGUAUCUGAAGACUGACGAUGCCUAUUCCCAGGACGAUAUAAUGAACAUGAACGGAGUCAUCUUCAUCAUGAUCACGAAUAUCAGUUUCACCAACAUCUUCUCCGUUCUGAAUGUUUUCCCGAUUGAAGUUCCGAUUUUCUUACGGGAGUAUGGGACGGGGCUGUACAGCGUCGCUGUAUAUUACAUGAGCAAAACGAUUACAGAGAUCCCUUUCCUAAUUGCCAUCCCUGUCAUUUAUAUGUCAAUACUGUACUGGAUGAGUGGAUUAUAUCGUGAUGGCUCUGCAUAUUUGAUCGCCACGGGGAUAGCAAUAGUUGUUGCUAAUGCGUCUUCAUCGUUUGGUUAUGUGAUAUCCGCCGCGGCUCCGACAGUUACCGUGGCCCUCUCUAUAGCGCCGGCCUUCAUGAUCCUAUUCCUGUUAUUCGGGGGCUUUUUUCUGAACAGUGGGUCCAUCCCGGAUUACUUGGUAUGGAUGAAGUAUAUUUCAUGGUUUUCCUAUGGGAACGAGAUGAUGGUCAUCAACCAAUGGGAAGACGUCUCUACAAUCAGUUGUGAUUCAAGCACAUCAUGUUUGUCACGAGGUGAUCUAGUCAUCACUAGCCUCAGCUUCGAUAAGGACAAUUUCUACCUAGAUUUGGGUCUCCUCUUUGUUCUCAUUGCGGUGUUCAGGCUGGUGGCUUUUAUAAUCCUAUAUAUACGAGUGAAGAGGUCAUCCGCUUGAUUCUCUCCACAUUGUGUUUCAUAGAGUGUUUUGAGUUGUUUCCUUGUAUUCCGUGAAGAGGGGCAAAUGCAGAGCAUGCAUCCAUACAUACCAUGAAUGCAAGAGGAUUGAAAAAUGAUGAAAUAUGGAAGCACACCACAGCAGAACUUAACUACACAAUAGCUGGGGACAGCGAUGAGUGCAGUAAUGAGGCCCGGAUGUGAAUAUUUGUAUAUUAUCUGGCCAAAUUGAUUUGCAACUCUAUUAGACUCAGAUGUGACAACAUGCACAUUUUCGUACAAUUCUGUAAUUUUUACGCCCAUGUUUUCUUUAUUGUCUGAUAUGAUGUUUGAUGUAAAACACCCUUACACGUUAACGCUUCAUAAUCAAGAUGCCCGAAUUUGUAUGGUUGUACAUGUUAAAUUUAUAUGCGUGUUUAAUGACCAUUCCAGUGCAAAUACAUAUUGCAUUUAAAUGACAGCAGGAUUCAAUAUGGAACUACGUAUACAAAUGUGAAUCUAUAGUUGAAAUACACUUUCUUACCUCAUAAAACAAAAGAUCAACAUACUUGAAAGAUACAAUCAUUACCCAUAUCGUCAUUUUUUAGUAUGGAUAUUUAUGGGGAUUUCCAUGUGCCAUGUUAGUAGAAAUGUGAAGUACAUGUACAUAUUCAAAAGACAAUCAUAGCUGGGCUGCGUUGAAGAUCGUAGCGGCUAGCAUAGGGUCUAGGUAUAGUGGUUGAUUUGUGCCAUUUUACACUUUAUCGUCCUUUUGUUAUUUCGAGACAAAAAGGCAAGAAAGCGACAUUUUUCAACGUUUCGUCCCAAAAUAACAAAAAAGACGAAAAGAUAUUAAUAUUAUUAGCUACUUUCGCCUCAAAAUAACGAAAAUUAAGACGUCAAAUUGUAAAAUUACACAAAUCAGCCACCAUACAUGGCCCCUGGGCUAACUGCUACGAUCUUGAACGCAGUCUAGGCUGGGCUCGGCACUACGAUUGAGUGUUUGGGUGAUGUAAUGACAAGGUUCAUGAUUAUCGUACAUGUAUAUAUAUGCACAUGUGGUUUAAUCAGAGAAGAUGCAGGGUAAGGAGGUGUUUGUGUGAUACAAUAUGAAACUCAAUUCCUCGGAAUACAGCAUUUAUCUUUCUUUUCAAGAUUGUAUCAAUAUAUAUGGUUAACUGUUUUGGAUGUUAGGGAUUGUUCACACAUACUAGGGAUUCAUUCUAUUAUCAUUAUUAUUACCAUCAGUGCCCCCCCCCCCCUCUCUCUCUCUCUCUCUCUCUCUCUCUCUCUCUCUCUCUCUCAGUUCAAUAUCCUGUUUUUGUAAUUUAUAACGAUGGAUUGUAUUUAGUUUUUUUGCAUCUUGAAAGGUGAAGAUAACGAAUAGUGAUCAAUCUCAUAUCUCUUAUAAGCAAUACAAAAUAGAUAGUUGGGCAUAAUAAGUUUUCGUUUUGAGAUUGCGUCAUUAAUGGACCCAUGCUACAGCGUGCCUGUGUUUCUCGUCUGGUGAAUUGUGUCAACAUUACACUGAAGUCAACAGAUGGAGGGGGUUCACUGCUGCGUUCCGGAUACUGGGAUAUUAGAAAAGUAUUUUGUAGGAUUUGAAGUCCAGAAUUUGGUUGAUUACAAAAAUAAUUAAGGAAAAUAUCUUACGUUUGUUUGUAAAUAUAAUGCAUUUGUAAGAAUUACGAGGAGUGCUAUUUUGAAACAUGUUUCCAUUUUACUAGGAUUUAUUUAACAUACAUGAAAUGUCUUUUAAAUGCAUAUCCCCCCCCCCCCCCCCCCCAUUGCAUAUCAUGUUUCUGAAUACCUAGUUCAUCAAAUAUCGCCACUAUUGCAGAGACAAGCUGUAUUGGUAGAUAUUAUAAAACUUAAGACAAUUUAUAUUGAAGGAUAUGAGGUGAGAAUAGUGACUUUUGAGGGCAAAGGCCAAAAAUGAUAUCCAUCUUGAACAGCAUUAACUUUUCACGUUGUAACUUUUUUGUUUGAUAUGGUACAUGUAUGUGACUAUUUUGGAUUUGAAAUUAUCAAUAAAUGCUUGACAAAUAUCGA